CCGCCCCGGAAGCGGCAGUAGGUGACGGCCGGCCCCGCCCGGCGGCAGCACGCACUGUUUUCAGCCGUGCGCUCGGGGUCGUCAUGGAGCACAUCCGCACCACCAAGGUAGAGCACGUGAAAUUACUGGAUAGGUUCAGCACCAGCAAUAAGUCUCUGACAGGAACUCUGUACCUUACAGCAACUCAUCUGUUAUUCAUAGAUGCAAACCAGAGAGAGACUUGGAUAUUACAUCAUCACAUUGCUGCAGUGGAAAAGCUUCCCUUGACUACUUCUGGCUGCCCCCUUGUCAUCCAAUGUAAGAACUUCAGAAUAGUCCACUUUGUUGUUCCCAGAGAGAGAGAUUGUCAUGACAUCUAUAACUCCUUAUUGCAGCUGUCAAAAACAGCAAAAUAUGAAGAUCUGUAUGCCUUCUCCUAUAAUCCAAAGCAAAAUGAAUCUGAGCAAGUCAAAGGCUGGCAGCUUAUUGAUCUAGCAGAAGAAUAUAAGAGAAUGGGAGUGCCAAAUGAUUACUGGCAGUUGUCCGAUGCAAAUCGUGAUUAUAAGAUCUGUGAAACAUAUCCUAGAGAACUUUAUGUUCCCAGAACUGCAAGCAAACCCAUAAUCGUUGGUAGCUCCAAGUUCAGAAGCAAAGGAAGAUUCCCAGUCUUGUCCUACUAUCAUAAAGAUAAAAAGGCUGCAAUCUGCAGAUGCAGCCAACCUCUCUCAGGCUUCAGCGCCAGGUGCCUGGAAGAUGAACACAUGUUGCAAGCAAUCAGUAAAGCAAAUCCUUCAAAUCGCUACAUGUAUGUUAUGGACACCAGGCCAAAGCUUAAUGCGAUGGCAAACAGAGCUGCUGGGAAGGGCUAUGAAAAUGAAGAUAACUAUUCUAACAUUAGGUUCCAGUUUGUUGGAAUUGAAAAUAUUCACGUGAUGAGAUCCAGCUUACAAAAACUUCUGGAAGUCAGCGGCACAAAGGGUUUGUCUGUCAAUGACUUCUUGUCUGGUUUGGAGAAUUCUGGAUGGUUGCGUCAUAUCAAAGCUGUUUUGGAUGCUGCUGUCUUCCUUGUCAAGGCAGUAGCAGUUGAGAGCGCGAGUGUGUUAGUGCACUGCUCAGAUGGCUGGGAUAGGACGUCUCAAGUUUGUUCUCUUGGAGCUCUCUUGUUAGAUUCCUAUUACAGAACAAUCAAGGGGUUCAUGGUCUUGAUAGAGAAAGACUGGAUUUCUUUCGGGCACAAGUUCUCUGACAGGUGCUGUCAGUUGGAUGGUGAUCCAAAAGAGAUCUCGCCAGUGUUCACUCAGUUUUUAGAGAGUGUGUGGAAUCUGACUGAGCAGUUCCCACAAGCCUUUGAGUACAAUGAAGCUUUCCUCCUUCAGAUCCAUGAACAUGUCCACUCGUGCCAGUUUGGGAACUUCCUUGGAAAUUGCCAAAAGGAACGAGAAGAACUGAAGUUAAAAGAGAAGACAUAUUCCCUGUGGCCUUUCCUUCUAGAUGAACAAAAGAAAUACCAGAAUCCUCUAUAUAAACCAAGUUUUUCUCCGAAUCUAACUCUUUUGGAGCCUAAUACUGUGUCAUUCAAUUUCAAGUUUUGGAGAAAUAUGUACCAUCAGUUUGAUCGAAGCAUGCAUCCCAGGCAGUCUGUGUAUGAUCUCAUCAUGGACAUGAGUGAACAAAAUAAACAAUUGGAGGAAGACAUCAAACAACUGGAAGCUAAAAUAAAGCAGAAGAGUGGACAGUCAGAUGCAGUCCUUCUGAAAGAACGUCAGCAGUCUGCUCAUCCUGCACCUGUGAUGCUGAAAACCCCUCCAUGCUUCAAGAAGGACCAGCCUCUGAUCCCUUUGAACGAUGCUGUAAGAACUAUAGAGGGCAGCAACGCAGCAGACAAUCGCUACAGUGAAUUCAUGGAAGAGCUUUCAAAAGCUGAGCCUGCUAUUGUCAGCUUGGAGUACGGAGUGGCCAGGAUGACCUGCUGAAAUCUGGCACGGCGCUCCUCUGUCCUAGACUGGCUGAGUUGAAAGACAGAUUGUUUUUGAGGAUGGGUCUGUGCUGCAUGACCAAAACAUGAUUUGUAUAUCUGCAAGUUUUGUUGAUGUAGACUAGAACAGCAUGCUAGCUGUCAGGUGUUUGCUGUUCUUUAUACGCAUAAAAAAAA